AUGUGUCCUAACCAGGAAUUGCCACAUGUGUGGACCAUAAACCUAUGGAACCUCUGUACAGAGCCUUGUUCUUUUGGUAACUUUACAGAUGGUCUGGAGGUUCUUGUGUACACUGAGGACAAGAGAGGUCACACUCGGACUCUGGACAUAUUGCCCCCCCAGAAGUUCAGGAAACCAAAGUUAGUCUCCCUUCCUCUGGACCUGAAGUCCAAAAAGAUGAAAUCUCGAAUCUGCUGGAUCCAGAAGAAGCAUGGAGGCCUAAACAACCAUAUUUGGAGCAUUGACAGUAUCCAGCUUCUGUCCCGUCUUCCCAGCAUUCCCUCUCACUAUGUGCAGUUUGGGCUGAACAUGAACUGUGGCACAAAAAGUGAUGGAAGAGUGAAGCUGGAGUUCUCCACAGAUCGGGGAGACAACUGGUACCUAGUCCAUCAGCCAUGUUUGCCUGGAAGAUGUCCUGGACAGCAUCACACAAUGUCUUCUGUCUUCAAACCAUUCGAGAUUAGCGGAUGGCAGCGUGUCACUGUGCCUUUGCCCUAUGCAGCUCUCACUUCCACCACCAGAUUGCGCUGGCGUCAGGUUGGAGGGUCGGUUCAAGUUCAUUGGGGCAUAGAUACAGUAUUUAUUGGGUCCUGUCCCAAGGGGUGUGGAGGACAUGGUUACUGCAAGGAGAGUGGAUGCAUAUGUGACUUUGGCUACAGUGGUGACACCUGUGAGGAGACAACAGCAUCACAUCCAACAUCACUUGUGGAAAUGCUGUCACCUUCAGCAGACCAGGUUCUACCAGCACGCUUUAUGAGCAUCCAGGGGGCGACACUGAGCUAUGCCUGUGGCGUGGUGGCCAGUGGGAAGGCACUGGUGUUCAAUGGAGAUGAGAUGAGAAAGGCAGAAACUGUGGAUCUUAAUACCACCUUGUCAAGAUAUCUCCAGUUUAGCCUGCGUAUAGGCAGUGAGUCACCGGUCAGUGCCUGUCUGUCCCCUGACCGACCAGAUGAAGCCGUAAUACUGGAUGUUUCAUGUAACGGUGGGAUAAUGUGGGACACAAUGAAAAUGUUCACUGCCAGCCAUUAUACAACACCAAGGGUCGAAUUUAUUCAUCUCUUGCCUUCUGCCAUUGGUCCGAGCUGUCGUUUCCGCUGGUGGCAGCCAAAUCACUCGGGCCACAAACUGGACAUCUGGGCUCUGGACGAUAUCUCCCUGACCAGUAAGCUGUAUAAUACAAUCAGCCUGGACGUAGGGAAGCUGGACAUACUGGACAGUGGGGUGAAAUUACACUUGGGGGAGAUUGGGAGUUUCUGUGGAAAAUUAAAUGCUGUGAGAUUUGUGAAGCCAGAACAUCAAGAGGAAUCCCGCUCCAUCACCACUAACGCUGUCCACAUUGGACCCAGCCAUGAGGUGGAGUUUGAGCUCGUUCUGGGGUGUGGUCAGCGAUUCUCGGACACGGUGGACAACAGCGUUGUGCUGGAGUACUCCACUGACCAUGGGAUGAACUGGAACAAGGUGGUGAGCUCAUGCCUUCCACCCCAGCAGUGUCCCCAGUACCAGUCAGAUAGUAAAUACUCUGCCAGUGAGUUCAGGCAGUGGAAGAGAGUAGUAGUGCCUCUGCCAGCUCAUACAUGGUCAGUGACGACCAUGUUACGGCUGCACCAAGCCCAGUGGACACCUGGGGACAGCUGGGCAGUUGGUCAUCUUUAUGUUGGUCAGCAGUGUCCAGAGCUAUGUAGUGGACAUGGGAACUGCUUUGAAGGGGUUUGUAGAUGUGAUCCAGGCUACAGCGGUGAAACCUGUCAACCAAUAAAGCCACUUAAGACUCAUCUGCGUGAAGAUUUUUCCCGGAUGGGCGAGCUUCACGAGACCUGGGAAGUGGUGCUGGGAGGAGAAGUGGUUCCAGUCAAGAAGGGAUGCGGCACCAUUCUGUCUGGAGAAUCCCUCCAUUUUAGUCAGGCUGGUAGUCGUAUUCUUAGCACCCAUGAUAUGGACACAAGACAUACAGAUUUUGUAGAAUUCUACUUGCGCAUUGGAGGUUCCAACCUGCUCUCCUGUCAGGGAGGUAUGAAAAGGGAGAACAGCAUUCUGCUCCAGUACUCCCUAAAUGGAGGAAUCACUUGGGAACUCCUGAAAGAGCUGCAGGGAGAUGACUACAGAAAUGCAAAGUGA